GACACCACAGGGGCCAGCAACAAGCAAGUAACAAUAUCAGCUUACGCCUGCCGAAUACAUGCACACCACCAGCAACAAGUAACAACACCACCACCACCAGCAACAAGUAACAGCAACAAGUAACAAGUAAUGGCGGCAGCAACCAACUUACACAGGCGUCGGCGUUAUUGCUGCUGUAUCUCGCCUCCUUCCUCCACCCAGUGCGCAUCGGCCUGUCUCCUCGCCCCCUCCAUGGCCGUCCUCGGCAAGAUGCAAGCCGCUGAGCAAGCACAAUUCCCCCACCCCUGCUCUCGGCCCACCACCACCACCAGGAGGAUCGCCGCCUUUCCCUUUCUGCAUUGCGUCGCCGCCGCCAAAGCCGCCGUCUUUCUGCGUCCUCUUGAGCUCCUGGGCGCUCGGACCCAAAGAGUCGACGCUCUCUCUCUGCUUCGUCGUCCCGCCGAUCCCGCCAUGGCUGCCGUCGUGCCAAUCAACCCAACGAACGUGCAGUGGUUCGUCGACCAGGGCUUCCAGUUGCAUCCACCGCAAUGCUCCUCUGCCGGAGCUGCUCCCACCGAUGUCAUGGCCGUUGCUGGCGACCAGGUCUUGGCGACAAACCGCUGUCGAUGCAAUGGUCCUGGCGAUAGCUCGCCUGGUCGCUGCCAGUAUUCCGUUGUUCAGACACCCACUCCGGCUGGUCCUGCAAACGGUACCAGCCUCCCUGCCGGCAGCCCCACCAUCCUGACCUUCGAUUGCGGAACUGACACCACAUGCCAGAGCGGCUGCACCCUCGCUGCGACCUACUCGACGGCAUCACAGAACCCAUGCGACUACUCGACCCGAGGGCGCUACGGUGCCCUCGACUACACAAGUGCAACCACCUGGGACUCGGGGUUCAAAACCAACUACUUUUACUAUUCCGCCUCCACCACCAACGACGCCACUUGCGUUGCUCCCAACCGCAUCCGUCGAUACCCCGUCUAUCCCACCUGCACCCAGAUCCUCGACCGCGUCUUUGCUCUUUCGAUCCUCGGCCCCAGCAAUCGCUCCAUUGGACUAUUCACUUGCUAUGACUCGGGCUGCAAUUCAUGCGUCCCAACCCGGUUCAGCAGCUUCAACCGCACCUGUACAAUGUCCAUCGACGACUCCGAGGCCAUCUUCUCGACCUUCUCCAUCGGCGCCAUUCUGAACGACCCCUCCGUCGCUCUCCAAAACACAUUUCCAAACCAGACCGCACCCAGCUGGCCGUCCACGCAACCAACAAUCGUCGGGUUCGACCCAGACAACAAUGGAUCGUCUCGCAUGGCCAUCAUUGGCGGAAUCGUCGGCGGCUUCUGUGCGCUUUUGCUGGCCAGCAUCAUUGCCGUCGUCUGGUAUCGUGCUCGUCUGAAGCAGGUUGCUACUUACGGUGCCAUUGCCGUCGAUGGCCUCGAGUCCAGCAGUACCGACAUGUAUCGCCUUGACUUGACAAGCAACUUGCCUGCCGAACCGCCUGCCCCCACGGGUGCUGGGUCGCCUCCGGACAUCGAGCGGCACCGAGAGUCCAGCAGCCGCUCCCAGGCCUCUGUCCACACCUACGGCGCUGUAUCAGAAGCGACCGUCACUCAGUCGUCCCUACCGGUAUCCACCACAGCACUUCCAUACCAGGCACCCGGAGUCCUGCACGAAGUCCGCUCGACCGGAUACGACAAGCUCUCGACGAACCCUCAGUCUCCGCUGACACUGCCGCCCAAGCACAAGUUUGUUGCUGUCGUGGACUACAAUCCAUCAUCAACACGCCAGCUUGCUUUGCGUGCCGGCGAUGUUGUAUUUGUUCACGAUGUAUUUACAAACGGAUAUGCCCCGGGUGGAAACGCUCGCACAGGUGCCGUCGGUCUGAUCUCGGAGCAGGCGGUCCGUCCUGCCGAAUAACCCGGGCCCAAGCCGACCGGCUCCCACACAACUCCUCAUAGCUCCCUUUUGGCCGCAAGUUCGUCGUAGAUACGGGACCGAGUCAGCCAUUUCCAUGUUUCUUCUAUCAACAGCGCGCCAAGCGCUCCUAUGAUAUCAGUCUAGUCGUCUUUUCCUCCAUCGUCAAGAAUGGAUGCGUCUAACAAGAUCUCUUGC